GGACUUUCUCUUGACUUUCACGAGACAGCCAAAAAUAGCCCAAAAUAGCCCAAAAUGCCUCGUCGCAAGUUCAUCGACAAGAAGACCGCGAUCAACUACCGCCUUGUCCACCGCGCCCAGAACGAUCCCCGAAUCCACGAUGACGAUGCCCCACAGAUGGUCUUCGCCGAGACCGCGGCGGCCAACUUGCGCGAAGGCGACGAGCCUGCUGGUAGUUCGCGCGCGUCGCAGUACUCGUCGGCUUCGCGCGCCUCACAGUUCUCUUCAGCAACCGGGCGGAGCAAGAUCAAGUUAAGAGGAGACCUAGAGAACGAGUAUGGGGAUCGAGUACGAGACAACGAGGGCGAAGCCGCCAACUACGGCAUCUUCUACGACGACAGCAAGUACGACUACAUGCAGCACAUGCGCGACCUCAACUCUGGCGGUGGAGACGCAUACUUCAUCGAGGCCAAAGACGACAAGAAGAAAGGGAAGGAGAAGUUCGACCUAGCAGAUGCGCUGAAGAAGGCCUCGCUAGAUGACAGGCAAAGCGAUGCCGGCUACAGCAUGAACAGCAGCAUCAGCAACGUUAGCGAUGUAUUCGGCGAGGACAUGGCACCCUCUGAAUUCGUGCGGAAAACCACAUACCAAGAUCAGCAAAACAUUCCCGAUGCGCUCGCUGGAUUCCAGCCAGACAUGGACCCGCGCCUACGAGAGGUGCUUGAGGCGCUCGACGAUGACGCCUACGUCGACGACGACGAAGACAUUUUCGACUCCCUUCAACAAGACGGCUUCGAGCUGAACCAGCGCGAAUUCGAAGCCGCUGGCCAAUUCGACGCAGACCGCGACACACUGGACCGCUUCCUAGACGAAGACGACGAAGGCUGGGAAUCAGACGACACUGUCCGCGCCUCCUCGCCCUUCCAGAAAUCCAAGCCCGCACCGCCUCUUGGGUCAGGCGAGCUACCAGCACCAGAUGAAGCGCCUCCGCUCGCAGAUGCAGGGGACAUGGCGUACAUGGAGGAGUUCAAGAAGUUUAAGAACGACGUUAAAGCCAACAAAGCUCCCAAGCCUGUUGCGCCGAGCGACAUGCAGUCGUCCAUCAUGACCGGCGCCUCCGCAUUGACUGCUGGCGGACGAAGGAAGAAGCGCAAGGGCGCCUUAACAAGCACGAGCGGGUACUCCAUGUCCUCAUCCGCCUUGCACCGCACAGACGCUCUCUCCCUCCUCGACGAACGCUUCGAGAAAAUCGAAGAAGAAUACGCGGACGACGGAUUCGACUUCCCCGACGACGCGUCCAUGGUCUCUGGCAUGUCGAAGAUGUCCGGGUUGUCCAAGAUGAGCGGGAUGACGGGCGUGAGUCAGUGGAGCUCGAGUGAGGCGCCGCCGCUGAGGAGCGAUUUUGACAACAUUAUGGAUGAUUUCCUGGGGAAUCAUAUGACUGUCGGCAAGGCGGGGAGGCAUGUGCGAAAGGGCAAGGUUGCGACGGGUAUGGAGCAGCUUGAUGAGGUUAGGAAGGGGUUGGGUAAGGCGAGGAUGAGUGAGAGGGGGCAGGAAAGGUAUGGAGCUCAGAAGGCGCAGUUCAUCUAAGUGGUUGUUCUCGGAUGUGGGAUGGUUGUGUUGCAUUUCCGGGCGUUUGAGGGAUAUCAAAAGAUAGACAUGAUGGGACGGACAUGAUAGGACCAUCUAUACCCCCUGUUGAGGGUUCGUAGACAUGAAUGAAUG